AACUGGGGGGCAGAUGGAGGUGCGCCUGGCAUUGAAAGCAGCCGGUUUCAUUGCUCUGGAUGUGGUGGGAAUCCCAGGUAACCUGGCAGUCGUCCUGCUCUUCUGCCAUUUGUUAGUGGCACAGGGCCACAUGGCACACAACGAGUUAAUCCUCAGCCAGCUGGUCCUCGCCAACCUGAUGGUGACGCUGUGCCAGGGCAUUCCUCAGGUUCUGACCGCCCUGGAUAUCGACCUGCUCUUUGGUGAUCAAACCUGCAAAGCCAUCAUCUUCAUAUAUCGCCUUGGCCGUGCAAUGUCUAUCACCACAACCUCCCUGCUGAGCUCCUACCAGUGCGUGGUCAUUGCCCCGCCCAAACCUGGCUGGACCUGGCUGAAACGUUGGGUUCCUGGCCACAUCCCCCACGCCAUCAUCUUCCUCUACGGCCUCAAUAUGAUCAUCUACUCCACUGCACUCCUCUUCGCCCAGGGUGCCCCAGCCAACGGCUCAAUCCCAGAAUUCACCAUUAGCCUGAAAUUCUGCUUAGUGGUGUUCCCAGGACACGUAGCUUACAGGGUCGCUGGCAUGGCGUACACUUUCCGAGACUUCACUUUUGUCGGCCUGAUGGCGGCGGCGGCAGUGUACGUGAUGGUGGUCCUGCAUCGGCACCGUCGGCAGGUUCAGGGCCUGCAGGGGGCCGGCCGGAAGACGGAGGAGGCAUCGCGUGCCGUCCUGCUGCUCGUGAGCACGUAUGUGGUGCUGUUCGGCUUGGACAACGCGUUGUGGUUCUCCUCGACCUUCAUCACUCACGAGCACCCGGCCGUCACCGACACACGCGUCUUCGUCGCCUCCUGCUACUCCAGCAUCAGUCCUGUGCUCAUCAUAGCCACCAACAAGAAGCUGGCCACCUACUUUCAGUGUGGCUCCAAACGCAAGGCAGAGGAAAACAUCCCCGGCAGCACAGAGGCCAAGGCUUCGCCGGUUACAAUAACACAAUGAGGAUGUUAAAUAAUGGAACUUGGAGAGGUAGGGAGGUGGAAGGGCUGACUUCUCUCCUGAUGUAUUCUAUGAUAUAUCACUUUUGUGGACUCAAAUUUACUAAUCAUGAUACUAUUUGGAUAAACUUGUAAUAAAUCUUAACAGAGGAUUGUAAUGAUGUUCUUCUUUAAUUGGCUGGUUGCAGCUGCACAUUGGAAAACCUUUUUGAGCAGUGGUUUGAUUGAUGUCUAUUUUCCAUGCUCUUACUUGUGUAUGUAUAUAAAUAAACUAUUUAC